AUGCUGCUGUUGCUGUUAGAUAUCGGUGCAGAUCCAAAGCUAGCAAACAAAAAUGGUCAAACACCACUGGACAGCUGUGAAACUGACGAGGCUUGUAUGAUCCUGUCCGAGAAAAGAGGACUGAGUGCCAUGAACGUCGACGUCGGAGAUGUAAGUAAUAUUAACAUAUUAUAAUUUUGUAAAAUCAUUCAGUUCUUUGUCACGAAAUGAGAGAGUACUUACUUCCGAGUCAAUAUGUUGUGUUUAUGAAAAUACGCCUCGCUUGUCUGUCCGUCCCUGUCUGAACGCCUGGAACUGCCUGAAAUUCUAAAGUCGUCUCUGUUUGAAUGAAACGAUCCAUUUCAUUGAUAGUGGCAUGUACAGAAGGCUCAUAGAUUAUGCUAUAUGAUAUAAUAAGAGGGGGCACGUGUAGUUUUAAAGUGGCCCAAUUGUUACUCCGGCCAAUUUACUGACUAAGAACUGUUAUGAACCGUUCGAUUGGGUCCGUGCACGGUUCGGCCAACCCUUUUUUUAAAUUUUCUGUUCCAUGUUGAGCAAACAGAAAGAUAUGAAAUUGACAUCUUUUUCGAUUAAUUAGUUUGCAAUGUUACAAGUGUCUAAAUUGCUUUUGCUUUAAAAGCACCUUUUUAUUGAAAUUUUAUAAUAUGACGGCGCCAAAUAAUUUUUGCACUUAAAAAUAAUGGUAAAAUCUCCAAAAAUUGCCAAAAUUCCAGAAGUCCUUGUUUUUUUCUUGAAUCCGUAAAUCUUAUCCCCCCAUAACAAAAAUUACUCAAUAUCUUCUUUUUACUGUUUUAUGCUAUUUUUUUCUAAAAAAAGAUAAACAAAAUUUGACUUCCGUUUUAUCGUUUUUUGUUUUUUCGAAAGAAGAAACACAAAAAACGAAAAACGAAAUUCGACUUCCGUUUUAUCGUUUUUCCAUUUAUGUACAAACAAACACAAAAAAACGAAAAACGAAAAAUAACUUCCGUUUUAUCGUUUUUCCUUUUAUGUACGAGAAAACAAAAAAACAGAAAAACAAAAAUCGACUUCCGUUUUAUCUUUUUUCGUUUUUUGUACGAACAAACACAAAAAAACGAAAAACGACAAAUGACUUCCGUUUUAUCGUUUUUCCUUUUAUGUACGAGAAAACACAAAAACGGAAAAACAAAAAUCGACUUCCGUUUUAUCUUUUUCUUUUUAUCUACAGACAAACACAUAAAACGGAAAAACAAAAAUCGACUUCCCUUUUAUGGUUUCUUGGUUUUUCAAAGAACAGACACAAAAAACGGGAAAACGUUAGCCGACUUCCAUUUUAACGUGUUUCAGUUUUAUUAACGACCAAACACCAAAAACGGUAAAAUGAUAAUUGACUUCCCUUUUCGUUGCCACUUAGGGCAGCCGACUAUGUUGGUGCGCAUGCGUUACUUGAAGCGAAUGCCACUCUUACCGGCUCAGAAUCCGCGAUAGGUCGGUUCCGUAGGACGGGCUGAUCCGUCAGUGAGAGAUCGACAGGCCUCCUGGCAACCACCCGCUAUAAGGCUAGCCCAAUCGAUAUUGAAACGCAAAUUUCCUUCCGUAGAUAAGCCUCUCCGAAUAUAAGCCCCUCCAAAAAUAAGCCCCUCAAAAAGGGCCUUUGAAAAAUAUAAGCCCCCGGGCUUAUUUUCGGAAUUUUACAGUAUGCUACGAUAUUACACACUACCUGAAUCUAAUAUUAUGAAGGGGAGCUACAAUCACCUCAGUAAUUGCAGGUGUAACCACAUUAUGAAUAUCAACAUAACGCCGUAUGCCAUUCGUGGCACAAAAUCGCCUGACACUCCUUUCAGAUAGUCCAUUCACUGCUGGAUGCUGUUGUCUUGGAAUAUCAGCUACUUCUUUUGUGUUUUGCCUUGCUCUUCAACAAGCUCCUUCACGUAGCGAGCAGUAACUACGUUUUCCAUCCCCGCCAUUUUUGAAGGACCCGCGAAAAAAGACACAUACCAGGGUUAUAAAUACUGCUGACCAACAACACCUAGACGAGUUUCCGAAUUGAACCACCAACCCCCACUCAAACCCAUCCCCCCCACCCCUCCUCGACCCCUCUCUUUCCCAGCUCUUUGUUCACUUAAAGAGCCAGAGAAAACGAAAAAAAAAACAGAAACGAAAAAUUAGGUUAUAUCCAGCUCUUUUUUACAUUGAUUGGUCGUACUUACAAAGAACGAUAGAACGGAAGUCAGUUUCCGUUUGUAUGUUUUUGUUUGUUUUAGUACAUAAAAGGAAAAACGAUAAAAAGGAAGUCAUUUGUCGUUUUUCCGUUUUUUGUGUUUGUUCGUACAAAAAACGAAAAAAGAUAAAACGGAAGUCGAUUUUUGUUUUUCCGUUUUUUUGUUUUCUCGUACAUAAAAGGAAAAACGAUAAAACGGAAGUCAUUUUUCCUUUUUCGUUUUUUUGCGUUUGUUUGUACAUAAAUGGAAAAACGAUAAAACGGAAGUCGAAUUUCGUUUUUCGUUUUUUGUGUUUCUUCUUUCGAAAAAACAAAAAACGAUAAAACGGAAGUCAAAUUUUGUUUAUCUUUUUUUGGAAAAAGAUAGCAUAAAACAGUAAAAAGAAGAUAUUGAGUAAUUUUUGUUAUGGAGGGAUAAGAUUUACGGAUUCAAGAAAAGAAACAAGGACUUCUGGAAUUUUGGCAAUUUUUGGAGAUUUUACCAUUAUUUUUAAGUGCAAAAAUUAUUUGGCGCCGUCAUAUUAUAAAAUUUCAAUAAAAAGGUGCUUUUAAAGCAAAAGCAAUUUAGACACUUGUAACAUUAUAAACGAAUUAAUCUAAAAAGAUGUCAAUUUCAUAUCUUUCUGUUUGCUCAACAUGGAACAGAAAAUUUAAAAAAAGGGUUGGCCGAACCGUGCACGGACCGUCAAGUUAUUACUAGCACAUUUUUGUAAAUAUCUUUCGCCUGCGGGGGAAAGGGAGUUUUCCCAAUUUCCUGUUUCAUUUUUUCCCUCGCAUCGUCUCUGCCAUUUUUUUUGCCCCCUUCCACUAAACAGAGAGCCUGGGUACCAGGCUACAUAAGUACCGUUUUCGUGACGGAUUUAUGACAGAUCGUGGUUUAGAAGCUGCUAAUAAAAAAAGAAAAACAGUUUAAAUAGUUUAGGAUAUAGUACGAUUAUUGUACUAAAUUACUUUGGUAUCAUCUGAGGAGGCAUGUCUUGCUCUGUUCUCAAAGGCUGGAAAACUCGGAAGUGGAAAUGAACGAUUUGUUCCUGGAACAGAAAAAGAUGCUAAUGAAAACACGCAAAAGGAGACUGAAACAAAGGAAAAAUCAGGUAUAUAAGAGAAUCUAACCAAGGGAACAAUUGGUUAAGACGAAUAAUUGUACCCAGGAUCAUUGAGCUCCACUGAUGAGCCGUUUAAGGUGCCAUUUUAGGUGAGGUGAAAAGAGAGAGUGUGUUUUAAAAAAGAGAGACUGGGGCCUACGGCCCCAUAUGGCGGAUCCCUCAUCGUUCAAGACAGUAGAAGAUAUUUGGACUGUUCUCACAGUCAUGGACUCAAUACACGUAUGAUUAACAAAAAAUAAACAACAACAAAAACAGUCACACGAAAUGUAAUUUUUGUUUUUAAACGAAAGAAAAAUAAGUCCAGCCCAUGAGUGUAACCAAGAGAACAACAGGAUAGGAGACUGAAAGUAAAAAAUAUUAAACAUUCAAGCAACAUACCAGGUACAUUAUCAUGUUGAGAUCAAAUACUUUGGGUCUAAAAUUAAAAUAAAUCAAUUUAAAUUGAGAGGAAUCCCCCUAAGAAAUGAGGCAACUAUAGAAGAUUCAGUCUCUAAGUUUGAUCCUCUCUACACAGUAAUUUUCAAGGAGUUAUAAUAACUCCUUUAGUGGAGUUAUUUUUUGGGGAGUUAUUUUAACACCAAAAAGGAGUUUAAAGAACUGUUUUUCAGGAGUAAAAGUGACCCCAGAUAUUGAGGAGUAAAAGUGACCCCAGAUAUUGAGGAGUUAAAAUAACCCCAAAAAAGGAGUUAUCCUGUACCUAAAAUUUUUACUCCACUUUCAGAGUUAAAUUAACUCCAAAAAGAGUAAAAACAACCCACGUAAGGAGUAAAAAUAACCCCAUUUCGGAGUUAUUUUAACUCCAGACAGGGAGUAAAAAGAACCCUUUUUCAGGAGUAAAAAUGACCUCAAAUUCGGAGUUAUAUUAGAAGUUAAAGCAACCCCCAAAAAAGGGGUUAUCCUGUACCUAAAAGUUUUAGUUCACUUUUGGAGUUAUAAUAACUCCCUAAAAAUUACGAUGUAGAUGUUACACUAACGUCACUGAGCGUGAAACCAUAGAAAAUCGUCUCUUUUUCAUGCUGUGAGGCGAAGCAGAAAAUGGCUUUCUUCUAUCUUUAUUUCCUUAAGGACAAUUGAUGGAGUUGAGACAGCUGUUGGAUAGUGUCCAAGAGCAACUAAGUCAGAAAGACGGACAACUGAGGGAAGCGACAAAACAACUGGCAAAUGUUCAAGGGCAACUACAGGAGAGAGAUGGAGAAUUGAGGCAGAUGACACAACAGUUUACAAAUGUUCAAGGGCAACUGGAAGAGUUGUCGCAACAGUUGACAAAUGCUCAACGACAGCUACAAGAAAAAGAUGAAGAAAAUACCACCAUGGAGGAACAACUGAGAACAAAACAACAAGAAGUGAAUGAACUGGAAAUAUCUCUUUCAACAGCUCAACUAGCGUUAAGUGAACGUCCACGACAACAGUCACCUGACUGGGUCAUUUCACGCGAUCAAAUUCAGCUGACAGGGAAAUGCAUUGGUAAAGGAGGCUGGGGAUGUGUUGUCGAAGGCAAGUAUUGUGGCUGCACUGUUGCCGUGAAACAGAUUUACGAGGUGCUUCUGAACCUUUCCUCUCAUAACAGAGAAAUGUUUGAGCGGGAAAUGAGCAUUGCUUCAAAAUGUCGCCAUCCUUGUUUGCUGCAAUUCAUCGGAGCAACAAACGACGAAGGAAGUCCUUUGUUCGUGACAGAGCUCAUGGAAACGAGUUUGCGAAAAUUGCUGGAGCAGCGAUCUCUUUCUACAGUUGAAGUGGCCGUUAUUUCUCUGGAUGUGGCUCGUGCAUUGAAUUACCUGCACCAAAAGAAACCACGCCCCAUCAUCCACCGUGAUAUCAGCAGCGCCAAUGUGUUGCUAUGGCGACAAGCGGACCAAUGGCGAGGCAAAGUGUCGGAUUAUGGUGCUGCUAAUUUCAUGCAACACACCUUGUCAGUUUGUCCAGGUGCUGCAGUAUACAGUGCUCCUGAAGCACUUACUAAAAAUCAGACUGUGAAGGUAUGUCGUCUGCUAAACUUAAAUCUUCAAACAAAGAGCCCGUUCACAGGCUAAUUUAGAAUAUUGAAUCCCUGCGAUAUACCGAAGGAGAAAGACCCAAGGGCUAAGAGAUGCAUUUUAUGGCUGUUAAAAAGUAGAGAAAACGUUUCCGUUCUGAUUUUGUGAUUUGGGGAUACUUAUUUCUAUCAAAAAGUGUUAUAAAAUGGUAAGGGGGUGGACCUCUGUGGGAUUAACCCUUAACUCUCUUCCUUAGUAACCACGUUCGACAUAUAUAUCGUCCUGAUGUAUUGUGUGGUAAGUUUUAGUGACCUUAGGCCUUGAUCGCGUAAUCAUCUAGAAUCAUCAAAUAAUACAUCCUUGAAUAUUGUACUUGGCCUCCACUCUUCGUUUCGCCUCCGAUAAUCGCACAACCUCUGGGCGGACUCGCCGGUAAAAAACUUUGCUGAGUAACCCCCUCCCACCCGAGUAGACAGUCGAGACCAAAGACCGAAGAUGUGAGUAUUUGAGUAAACAGUGAAAGAUUUUCGUGGUCGAGUUCCGGCCUCGAGUGCUGGGUGGAAUAAAGAAUAGUACAUAAAAGAUCUAUUUGUGGUUUUACAACAAUCUGAAUCUUCUUUAGGAAUUAGACCUAUGCCCUAGGAUGGAUUACUAACUUUGAAAGUGGUUUGUGUGUACAAAAGAGUCAAAUGAUACAUAAGGUGAUAAGAAUUGGUGUAGAACUGAAAGUCUUGUUAUCUAAAUGUAUUUAUAUUUUUAAUUGUUAUCGUUUAUUUUUCGUCUUCAGGUUGAUGUGUACAGUUUUGGUGUUCUUAUCUGCGAGAUUUGCAUCGGGAAACUACCAAAUCCUGAGAGGCGUGCCGAGCAAGUCGCCAUGAUGAAAAACAAAGUGCUAAGAGCUCUCAUUCGUAGAUGUUUACAAGACAAUCCUCAAGACAGACCUAGUAUGGAAGACGUUAUUAGUGAACUAGAAAAACUAGUUUAAGAAGGGCUUGAUAGGAUCUGUUCUAUAUUUUGUUCUAUUUUCAGUUAAUGGUUUUUUCUUAAUACAGAGGGAGUGAACUUCUGAAGAGAUAGGAGGAAGCCCCCCGCCAUCACCUCUACCAGACCCCAGUCAUGACACGUACGGGUGACAAGUAAAACGUGACUUGCGUGGGGAACAAGAACCGAGAUAUAUUCUGCGUUGUCAUUCUCACGCUACACGUAGUAUAUUCGGUGAAACAAACUCCAUUUUAUCUUUCGCGUCAUUUUUUUUGUGGUAAAUUUAGCACGUCAGAUUUGACGAGUACGCUGAUGCGUUUCUGCCGGUAUGUGCGUUGUGGUUAAAUUUUUUCUUUGGCUUAAUUUUUAUUUUCCUUUGUUCCAAACUCAUUAUCAUACAUCACCAUGCUUAAAAAUAAAGGAAAAAUAUAAAUUUAACCAAGGAUAAAAUAACCACAACAUACACGCUCCUGUUCUAUAAACGUGCUAGAAGACAGUGUGGUCAUGAAUUUGGUGAGCGCGUUAGACUCGCAAUCCGGAGGUGGCAUGUUUCAACCCGCAUCCGGAGGUCCCGAGUCCCGCCAUAACCAUUAGAUAGGUCGGUUUAACGGUUCUCCUCAGUUGAACUCCUCGAUCCCGCUUGUAAAUAACUAACUGGUUUGCCUCCUUCCAAGUUAGGUCUUAAUCGUG